CUUCGAGGAACACAGCCUACGUCAUCACGUAGAGUUUGAACGUGGCGGCAGCGUCUCAGUGAAGCCAAAGUUUUCCUCUGAGCUCGCUGGUUCGUAUUAGCGUGUUAAAGAGUGUAAAAACUGUGUGUUAUGACUGAAUGCGGUUACUGAAGGAAAUAUUUAAUGUAUGAUGACGUCUGUUGUUUCUGAACAAACCGAUCAAACACUGCUGUCAUAGAGAUAUCCUCUCUCUGCGAUGUCCUGCAAGUUAAGUGGCCUCUUCAGUAUUGGGGAAGACUUUGAUGAUGAGGAUCUGCUGGGGGCAGACUGGGCUGUCCCCUCUGCGUCUGGACCAGCCGAUGUGGCAGCUGCUGUGUCAUCCUGCACUCUGCGGGCCGCCUCUGUGCCUCACAGAGAGGCGGAGAGAAAUGGCCAUCAGCAGAGUGGAGAGAGAUCAGCUGCUCUGCGUGACAGUUUAGCAUUGAGGAGCAGCACACACGCCACCACCGCUGCUGCUGAAAAAACUGUCGCUGUAGGUUUGAGACAGCUCUCCUCCCCGUCUUCCUCUGCUCAGCCCCAGUCACUCCCUCCUCCUCAGCCUCCUCGUUCCUCAUCGAUCAAUAACACCGUGCCUAAUCUGGCCACACAACACAGUCAUGGUAAUAUUGAGCGGCCGCUGAAGCCCAGCGUGGGUCAGGAUGACUUUGAUGAUUGGGAUGUCGACCUGGCAGACCUGGAUGAGUUUGACAGCCAGCCCGGUGCUUCAGCAAAACAUGUGCCAGCAGCUGAUUCUGCAUCAUCAGCCAAAACACUGCGACCCCCAGCUUGUCAGGGGAUUCAAACUGGACCCACUGUGAGCCUGAGAGGACUCAGCACCACACACCAGACCCCUUUCUCAUCUAGUCACAUCUUACCGCCUCAGCGUCCCUCCACUCCAUUUCUGCACCCCCCAAAUCCACGCCCUCCGAUUAUGUCAGCACGUCCACAGACUUCAGGUGUUUCACCUGGCUUUAGUAGGACUCCUCCGGUCCCCAGCCACAUUUCCAGGACACUUAUCAGGCCCCAGCAGCCACAGAGACAAUGGAGAACUCCAGGACCCUCUCCUCAGGCACGUGGCCUCUUUGAAACUGUCUCCCCAGCUCCCUCUCCCUCUCCCCCUUCCACUCUGCACCCCUUUCCCCUCCACACGCCAGUCCUCACCAACCGUCUGGUCCAGCUGGUAUCAGCAUCAAAUAAGCUUCCAAAGAAGAGGCCUCGCUCUGAGCCUCACAGACCCAGGACCCGGCGCUUCCCUGGCCCCGCUGGACUCCUGCCACAGCAGCCCCAGGGCCCGAGCCUGGAUGAGAUCGUGGUUUCUGUUCCUGUGGCUCCUGCUCACGGUGCUGCUGCCCGGUUACCCAGCCAGGGCUCCAGCUCGCAGACCGAGGAGGAAGACUUCUGCGGCGGCGCCUGGGCUGCGAUGAAGUCCGAGAUGGGAUUGGACGAGAGGAACCCCUCCUGCUUCCUGCACUCGUACAGCGUCGUCAUGGUUCUCCGAAAGGCCGUGCUGAAACAGCUGGCGAGAAACAAAGUGCCCAACAUGGCCGUCCUCCUGAAGAGCAUUGUCCACACACACGCUGACGCCAAGGCUGUGUUUAAAGACCCUACAGGGGAGAUUCAGGGGACGGUGCAUCGACGCCUCCUAGAGGACCGGGUGGAGGAGCUGAAGGUCGGAGCUGUGCUGCUGCUCAAACAAGUGGGUGUGUUCUCCCCCUCCCACCGCAACCAUUACCUGAACGUGACGUCCAACAACCUCCUGAGGAUCUACGCCCCCGAUGGCGUCGGCCUGUCCUCCACUCAGCUCCCCCCAAUCGUCCUGGAGCCCAUGUUGCCGUCAGACGCUCGCUCUCGUGGCGUCAGCCGGGAGCCGGUGUCUCGGAUGCAGCUGAUGUUUGACGAGGAGGACGAUGAGGGAGGCGAAGACCCUGAAGUCCCCAUGGACACUGGAGCUGGCUCCAGCAGAGGCCCCCAAGAGGCUACUGGGAAGUUAUCAGCACAGGACUCGGGCUGGGAUGCAGACGAUGACCUGGAUGAUCUGCUGGGAGACUUACCUGAGGACACCUACAGUGUUUGAUGUCACUUUAAAGACUCACCUCCUGCACAGACUCUGCUCCAGUCACACACAUCACUUUGUCCUUUUGUAUAUGUUGUAAAGAUGCUUCUGACGUCCAGUUCAUAAACACCACUGAGAAUAAUUUAUGUGUGUGUGCUGUGUCAUUGAGCGGCUGCUUCCUGUUGUGUAUCCAUCAUCAGUGAUGUACAGCAAAGCCACUUUUUGCUCAUUUUCUAAAUACAUAACUCCAAAAACGAGCUCUCAGAAGCAUAAUUAGCUUCAGAUUGUGUUUGUGUGAUGCAUUUAUGAUUCAGUCCUCUUCUCUUCUUUACAUUCUGAUCCAUUGUUGCACUUUUCUUCAGUGACUUUGAAAUCUAGGACUCAUCUAAACAGCAUUGAUUAGCUAAUUAUGCAAAAUGAAAGAGAGGUGAAGUGGGUGCGUCUUCCUCGUCCUCUGCCUCCAGUCCCCCGGUCCUCUGACUGCAGUGGAUAAACUGUAACCCCGGCCUGUUUGCCAUGCAUUAAGAGGUGUAUCAGAGGUUUUCAGGCGGGGGAUUGCUGGGCAGCGGUCCCAUGUGGAUUCACUGACCGAAAAACUGUUUACCCAGCCCUGUCUGCAGAGAGCCGGAGCCAUCAUAGUGCAGUGGUGGUGUGUCUAACAGGCUCUUUACCGUAUGGAGAAUUUCCCAACAGGAUCUGAGACCUACAUGCAGACUCCUCCACCACCUCUGCCUCACAGAUUCAGGGACAUUCAGGGUAAUCCUCUAAGUCUUUUUGUGUUUUCUGUUUAAUGCUGCUGCUUAAAUUGCCUGUUUUAUGUUGCACAGACACAAUAUGGGGAUAAUGUUGUUUUAUCACUGAAAAUGCUUUUCUGUUCUUUGUUGUUCGACUGGAAAAAAGAAGCGUUUAAAUUACAGUCUGUAAAUAUUUAAACAGCAUGUGUUGUUUUGGCUCUGUACUCCUGCACAGUGGAUCUUAAACACUACUGUGCAGUGACUCUGUGGGUAAAGUGCUGACCCCAGGAUUAAAGUUGUGUGCAUUCUUUGUUUAUGUUAAAAAAGUGUUGGUAUCUUUAUAAAACUGGUAAAAGUU